GGAUGACAUCGCCGCAAAGCAUGACUAUUUAUGGUCAAAUAAAAAGAAAGUGUAAUUAUCACACUGGCACUGGUCUUUUGUUCAAUUUCUAAACGUAUCCACCGAUUCGUCAAACUUAAAAUUUGUUAUAGCCUAAAAAGGCCAUACAUGGGGUUGUGUCCAUGAAUUAUGUCAUAUCAACAAAAUAUGGGGGAGAGAGUGGGAGACGUUUACACUUGUCGACAAGGGCCACAUGGGAGGUGUGGUUUAAAUAAAUUAAAUGCCUUUUUCCAUUAUAUAUUAAAAAUGUCAAAAUGAUUCUUAUACAUAGAUAAUAAUUAGUUGCAAUAGUAUUGGUAGGCCUUAUGCCUUAUUUGUUGAUUAAUAGAAAAUGCCUAGAUCUAACUCAAAUAAAGAAUUUAAGUUAAAAAUAAAAUUUUAAUGAAAUUGAAAAUUACUAGAAAAAAAUGUGUUUGAAUGAUUCCAUAUUGCAUUAGUGUACAAUUUACAUUUUUUUAAAUUUGUUUGAAGAAUGAAAAUAAACUAAUUAAUAAUUAGUCACCUAAGUUUAAGCUCUUCAUUUGCGUAUGGAAACGCAUUGCAUUUCUAUAUUUUUACAACGUAGAGAGUUACUUUAAAGAAAGAUGGCUGCGUCUACUAGCGUUGUGCGUGUCCUCAACAUUUCAUCAAGAGUUACACGAACACUAUUUAUAAAACAUGUUAAUCGGUAAGCUAUUAGUUUAAAAUGAAUGUAACGUUCCAUAUAAUUUUUCUGAUAUUAUUAAUGAUUUAUGAUCAUUAUAUACGCCACAAUUUAGGAACCAAGCAAAUUAGAUAUCGCGACCGCUAGUUGACCGAGAUUAGAAAACACUGGAACACAAGCUAGAAGGUGAGAUGAUGUAACAACUUGACAACAGAAUGUAUAGACUAAGACAUUAUCCGACAUUUAAUGCUUGAUAUUUUAAAAAUGGAGAUGUCUGCUAAAAUUCAAAUUCUUUUUUCCUAUUUAUACAAUAUUGUAAAAUUACAAGACUCAAAUGUCUUAUUAACUCUUAAAUGGCUUAAACUUAAAUUGACCUAAUGAUCAUAAUGUUUGUGGCAGUUUGUCAGAAUUUAAUAUGAAAGUUGAAAGACAUGAUCUUUAAAUUUCUUUAAAACAUUUUGAGCGAAUGAUGCCUUAUAUUACAUUGUCAUACGAUUUUCCUCACUUAAAGUUGAUAUAAAGAACAAAAUAACUCACAAUGAAGGCCAACAUUUCUCCUUAAUUAUGGAGCAAAAGGACUCCUAUAUUAGUAUUAUUAAAAUUACAUGCAUAUAAAUAUAAAAAAAAUUCAAAACUCAGAUUCUAUUGCGCCGACGCCCAUUUCCGAUACAAAUUUUCUAGGAGUGUCCCUUGCCCUUGCUUCAGCGAAGUGCCUACUAUUUAGACCUUGGCUUCCGAGGCCUAUUUUAAUUAUUUAUUUGAUUCUGAAUCAGUAUCUCAAAUAUAAAUGAUGUAACAUUAGGUACGUUGACAGAAAUUUUAAAUAUUGUCCUAUUGCCAUAAAUGAUACAUCAUUUUAAAGGGUUAGUUAUAAGCCUUAUAUAAACAUCAAUUUUAUCUUCCUAUCUUUUAUUAUAGAAGUGGAGUUAUGAAUUUUUUGGUGAAUUUUUUUAACCCCCUUCUUUAUCUUAAUUGCAAAAAUGUGUGACCGACUUCGACUUCAAUAUUUAUGCCUUAUUUUUCCCAAAACUUUUUUUUUUAAAAGAUAAUGCUACCAAAUUUUCAGGAAACAUUCUCAGUGCAAUAUACAACACAAUUAACAACAAAACUUUUACAUAACAUCAAGAUUUGGUAAUUUGUAUAAUUUUAUUUUAGAUUAUUUAAGAAAAGCGUGAACAGAAAAUUUGUAAAAAUCAUCAUUUAUAAAGGAAAAAAAAACAAACAUGGUAAUUGAAUUUUAACUAAUUAUAUGCUUAUUAAAUUUUAAAUAAAUUCUUACAUUUAUAAAAAGGUAUGUAAUCUUUUUUAAUAUAGAAUUAAAUGCAUGUAAUUAUAAAUAAAAAUUACUCAAAUAAAAUCACCCAUAAGACUAAUCCUAGCAUACCGAUUCGGGAUUAAAUUUUAAAAGUUAAAUAUCUCCUUUAUCAACUUUGUCUUCGCGAUCUACGUCCAAACACCCCUCAUCGGCAAUGGAAGAAAUUCCGAGGUCUGCAUAGAAAAUUAAAAUAUUCCCUUGCACUCGAAAGAAGCCUAGAAAUACCUAUAAUUAUAAUACUGAAUCUACACAAUUUCUAUUUUCUUUUCAAUAUUAUUCAAGUUCUGUGUUUAUUAAAAUUCUUUUUUAAUGUAUUUUAUUAGAGAUAUUAAAUAUUUGUAUACUCGAUGUAUCUUUUUUUUCUAUGAUAUAAUAAAAUAUAAAAUGAUGAUGUUAUUUAUUCAUUUAUAGUCACUAAUAUACUCUAUAGCCAUACACAAAUAUGAUAAUAAUAGCUGUUCUUACUACUUAGACUUAGACCUAUAUUCUAUAUGUAACAUUAACAUGUAGGAUUGGAGUAAUUUUAGUAAUAAUAUUCUCUUUAUUUAUGCUAAUAAUAUUUGAGCAAUGUCCCUAAUGCUAGAAUAACAAUUAUUGUUAUUACUAUUAUUCAAACUAUUAUUGAUUUAAUAAUAAAGAAUGGAUAAAUGCAUAGGCAUACACUAACAAAAUUUAUUAAUGUAAAUUGAUACUAAUUCUAUAUGACUAUGCAUAUUAUAGAAUAAUUUAUGUAAAUCAAGGGACAAAACUUGUAAAAUUUAUAAAAACUCUUUAAUGUAUUGGGUUUUGUCUUCGCGAUCUAUUAUUUACAUAAUAUGAGCCAAAAGGACUGUGUGUGUGUUUUUUUGUCUAUUGAAAAAUAUUUUCAUUUAUCAAUUGUCUUGUAGAUACCAAUUAUACUAAGUAAUUCAUAAUACAAUGGAUGAGUAGGCUUAAAUUAAUAGCAGUUUUCAAUGACUUAAAUGAGUUAAAGUCUCAAAGCACUAACUUCAUUGAUUAAGUAAACUAUGUUCAUAUUUCAAAGCUGGAUGACCUCUCUAUAAAUUCAUGCAAAUUAAUACACAUGAUGAGAAUGGAAUAUUGACCUUCUUAACUCUUUCGCAGCUGAUUUUUUUUAAUGAAACAUGUACAUUUUUUUCAAAGAGCAAAAAAAAGUGAGAGGUUAGGUCAGUGGUUCUCAACAUUUCUAGUGCCGCGACCCCUUAAUACAGUUUCUCGUGUCAUGGCGACCCCCCAGCCACACAAUUAUUUUCGUUGCUACUUCAUAGCUGUAAGGAUAUAUGUUUUCAGAUGGUCUUAGGCGACCCCUGGAAAAGGGUCCUGCGACCCCAAAAGGGGUAGCGACCCACAGGUUGAGAACCGCUGUGUUAGGUUUAUUAAAAAAUAUUGACAUUUUUAUUUUAUUUUUUGUUAUAAGGCAAAGUUUUGUAUCAAAUGAAAGAUAAUUGAAUGGACUGUUUGUUUAUAGACUUAUUACUUCAGUUUAAAUAAAUUAAGUAACAGAAAAGAAACUUAAAAUGUGAAAACAUGAUAUGCAAAAACAUUUUUUUCCCAAACCCAUGAUGUAGGCCAGGCCUGCACAAUUCAAAAUGUAAAGCGGGCCAUAAGACUUAAUGAAAAACUUGUGUGGGCCAAAAGAAAAUAGGACAGGACUUGUGCGGGCCAAACGAAAAAGAGACAGGGGGAAAGCUAUCAAGAAAAUAAUAAGAAUAAAGAAUAGUUCGUUACUUCGUGGGCCACAAAGUGGUUGCUGGCGGGCCGUAUGUUGUGCAGGCCUGAUGUAAGCAUAUUGGUACAUCAUCUUUACUGCUAUAACUCAAAUCCUCUAAAUCUACUUUAUCUGCAUCGGAUUAUGCGAUUGAUCUAAAUUAGGGUGACCAAAUCAUGAAUUGGAAAAAACGGGACACAUCCAAUGAGGCGUAGCGAAGAGGGGGGGCAGAUGUACCUGGGUGCCAGAUUGCUAGGGGGGCCAAAAUGUGCUUUUUAUGAAAAUAAUGGGUUUGAGAGUUGAAAAAAGAACAGUUGGCUCUUUAACUCAUUCGCUACGGCAGUGCUGCUUCCGUACUUAAUUUAUAUUCCUGAGAAAAGGGAAGCAACUCAGUUUUGAAAUUGAUAUACAUUUUAAAAUAUUUUUUUAAGCUGCUAAACAUUAAUAAAUGUUAGUGAAUUGGGGCGAAUGCAUCAUAAAAAUGAAUAAGGUUUAAUAAAAAAUAUAAUAUUAGCGGGGCGAAAAAAUAAUGAACAAUGGCCAAAAAAGCUAUUUUUGGCACCCCGGAUGAACAAUAUGCUAGAAUAAGACGCGCAGUACUAUUGCACACAUAGUUUUAAAGUGAAACAGGAUAAAAACUUUCGGUUAUUAAAUUAAAAUCACGGUGUAGCCGGAAGUCUCAAGAUUUCAUUCCUAUUUUUAACUAAAAAUAAGAGAGGUGUAUCGCUAUCGGAACCCCCCAAAGGACGCAUUUAGUCGCAACACUCUCGCUACGCCUCUGCGCCCAGCUGAAAAGGGGUCCAAGGGGGCCUCUGCCGAAAACUAUUUUUUAAAAAAUAUGCUCAUUUUAACUAUUCUGAGACUUUGAAAUCUUUUUAAAUUUAAUUUUAACUCUGAGGCAUAUCAUAAACGAAAACAAUAAUUUUGCAUCGUCGGCAGAGUGGUGGAGGGGGAACAGCGCAGCCAUCACGCAAGCUCACAUCACUCCUGGCACUGGCUUAACUAUGUAGCCUAAAGAAGAAUGUGAUGAAUUAUACUCUGAUGUGUAGGCUAAUUAUAUGAUGUCUCAGACUCCCUAGCCCAAAACAAUCUUAUGAUGAUGAUUGAUUGAUUUAAGUCAUAACAUUCAAUAGACAAAGCUUGUUUUCUAUUCAGUUCCAGGUGUUUAUUGUCCACAACAGUUGCAGAUAAAAAUGAUCCAAAAAAGCAAGAGCAAACCAUUUUCAAAGACCCUGUCGAGCCAAAGGAACCAUCAGAGGAGCAAGUCAAAUUGGAAUCAAAGCUACUUACGCUACAGGAGGAAAUCAAAGAGUCCAAGGUUUGAACUUAAUAGUUUUACAAUUUCUUUGAUUCAUUUAAGCCAGCCUUCUCAAUAUAUUACCCACGCUAUGAAUUCAUAACAGUAAUAAUCAAAAGGUAAAAUAUGGCGUGAACUGUAGAUUGGUUCAUAACUACUUCACUACUCAUGAUCAACAAGAUGAAACCUGUAUUAAAAUAAGAUUACUCCUCACAAUUUCGAUGUAUAAUUAACAAGUUUUAAAUGCCAGUAAUAAAUAUUUGGCAGUAAGCUACUUAGGUUUUGUUGACCUUGAGAACAGGUAGAGUACUGCUUUUUGUAAACAGCAUGUUGGAUUUUAUCAUAAGGAUUGGAUUAGUAGCUGCCAUAUUUUAACAUUAAAUGGGUUAAGACUUCUCUUAGCUGAUAGCUGGCACUUGGAACCAAAAUGACAAUGUGUGCGCAAAAUUUGUCUUUAAAUACAGGUAUCACUAAUUUUUUGUAAUGAGAGUCCAAGUGGUAAUUUAUUUUACAUUUAUUAAACGGUACACUUUAAUUUUUUUUAAAUAUUACAUUUAAAUUUUGUCUGGAGUAUUCUCAUAAAUUUUUUUAGACCUCAAAAGUAUAUACUUGAAAACAUUUAACUCAUUUUAACAGGACAAAUACAUGCGUUCUUUGGCCGAAGCAGAAAAUUUGAGGAAAAGAAUGAUGAAACAAGUGGACGAUGCAAAGCUAUUUGGGAUACAGAGUUUCUGCAAGGACCUUCUGGAAGUUUCUGAUGUACUCAGUACGGCCAUUAACUCUGUGCCAAAGGCAGAAUUAAAAGACUCCAAUCCUCACCUCAUCAACUUGUAUCAGGGACUGAACAUGACUGAAACGCAACUGAUCAAAGUAUUUAACAAGCACGGCUUGGAAUCCAUAGCUCCCAAAGAAGGGGAAAAAUUUGAUCCUAACUUUCAUGAAGCUUUAUUUCAAGUUCCCAUCCAGUCUAAAGAAACCCAGGUGGCGGACACAAUUGCUAGAGUUCAAAAAAUUGGAUACAAGUUACACAGUCGCACACUACGUCCGGCUUUAGUGGGUGUAUUUAAGUCUCCUUGAAUUUUCAAGGCCAGGUGAACUUGAUAUUGAGGUCUGAUUGAAUUCUGUAUGAUCAUUGGACGCGUGGACUGGACUGAAAGCUUUUGAAUAAUGUGUGAGGAGCUAUUGUUUGGUAACUUGUGAUUAUAAAUUAUUGUCUAAAUUGUUGAUAAAUGAAUUUUUAAAGUGGCCUAAGGUCACUAGAGAAUUUUUUUACUUUUUCAAAUUUGUCUUUACAUAAUGUUAUGAGUAACAUUAAAAUUUGUUGUUAAUUUUAAAAUUAUGAUUCCAUGCUGAACUUAUGUUAGUUCAGAUUAGUUCAAAGCGAAAUUUCUCAGAAUUGUUUUUCUUGUGCACUGUUCUGGCUGUUGAGGGACUCGCUAAUUUUUAAAAAUAAAGAUCAACUCAUAAUUUAUUAAAUACAAAAGUAAUUUUUGUGUAAUUUUUGUAUUGGUGUUGGUUGUCACUGUUUGCUGCUGUCAUUAAACUUACUUAAAUUAUUUCCACAUGACUUAGCCUAACGUCUUUAACCUGGGACUGGAAGAGAUAUGCAUGAUUUAUGCAGCCCUUACUUCGUUUUUUCUUAUACGAGUAUGAGCUAUAAUUUCAAAAAGAACUAAUGCAUUGGUGGAUGGAAAUGUAAUAAUAUACAAUAAACGACAUUUCAAUUUGUGUGUGACAUAAUAAGUAGGUUUAUGAAUUAGUAUAACCAUUUUAUAAUAUUCCGUUUGGGGUCGGGGGCCCUAAACCUGUUUUUUAAAUUAUAUAUAUAAGCUAUAAACAGACCUAAUGCAUGAGUUGAUGGAAUUUAAUCAAAUACAAACAGAGAUAUUUCCG